AUACACCACCGGCCGAAAGAGAAGAGCUAUUCAUUCAAAAAUUAAGACAGUGCUGCGUUUUAUUCGAUUUUGCAACCGAUCCACUAUCAGAUUUAAAGUGGAAAGAAGUGAAACGUACGGCACUGCACGAAAUGGUAGAAUUUGUCACGCAGAACAAAGGUGUACUUUCAGAGGCUAUAUAUCCCGAAACAGUUAAUAUGUUUGCAGUAAAUCUAUUUCGUACGUUGCCGCCAUCCUCGAAUCCAAAUGGAGCAGAAUUUGAUCCGGAAGAAGAUGAACCGACUUUGGAAGCUGCGUGGCCCCACCUUCAGUUAGUUUACGAAUUAUUUUUACGUGUACUAGAAGCGUCCGAUUUCCAACCUAAUAUAGCGAAACAUUACAUAGAUCAAAAAUUUGUGUUAAGUUUGUUGGAACUAUUCGAUUCGGAAGAUCCGCGCGAACGUGAUUUAUUAAAAACGACGUUACAUAGAAUUUACGGAAAAUUUUUAGGGUUACGAGCUUUUAUACGUAAACAAAUUAAUAACGUAUUUUAUAGGUUUAUAUACGAAACUGAACACCAUAACGGUAUUGCCGAAUUAUUAGAAAUUUUAGGUUCAAUUAUUAACGGUUUCGCGCUACCACUAAAAGAAGAGCACAAAGUGUUUUUGCUUCGCGUUUUAAUGCCGUUACAUAAAGUUAAAUCGCUUUCGGUAUAUCACCCUCAGUUGGCGUAUUGUGUAGUUCAAUUUCUGGAAAAGGACCCUUCACUUACGCAACCGGUUAUACGCAGCCUUCUAAAGUACUGGCCAAAAACACACAGUCCAAAGGAAGUAAUGUUUCUCAAUGAGUUAGAAGAAAUUUUGGACGUAAUAGAGCCGGCCGAAUUUCAGAAAGUAAUGGAUCCUCUAUUUAAACAGUUGGCAAAAUGCGUAAGCUCUCCUCAUUUUCAAGUUGCAGAGCGAGCAUUAUAUUACUGGAAUAACGAGUAUGUGAUGUCUUUGGUUGCCGAAAAUGCGACCGAAAUUUUACCUAUGAUGUUUCCAAGUUUAUAUCGUAACUCAAAGAGUCAUUGGAAUAAAACAAUUCACGGACUGAUUUAUAAUGCUCUCAAAUUAUUCAUGGAGAUGAAUCAGAAGCUAUUUGACGAAUGCACGCAGCAAUACAAACAAGAAAGACAAAAGGAACGAGAGCGACAGCAUCAACGUGACGAGUUAUGGAAUCGUGUCGAAAAUAUGGCGACGCAGAAUCCUGGCUAUGAUAUAAUUUUGGCUCAAAAUUUAAGCAUGGUUAAUUUGUCAAACAGUCCAGAACAAGACGAAGAUCUUACGUUAGAAAUUUUAGAAAAGGAGACUCAGGAGCACACAGAGCUGUGGGAAAGAAGGUACGUAAGGGAGGCCACGUAAUUAAGCAGAUAGUACGUCGUAAAUCGGAAUUACCUCAAGAUGUAUAUACAAUGAAAGCCCUUAACGAUCACAAGCGAGCUGAUGAAUUCCUCGUCACCCCACCCGAUGUAAACAAGUGCUAGUCUUAUGUCAUCAUGCCUACAUCUUAGAAAGCUUAGUGCCAACAACUUUGCACUUGUCGCAAGAAUUUUUUUAUGUUUUUAUUCGGGUUCUAAGUGAAAGUUUACACUUUUUAUAUCGUUCUGCAACCCUUUUGUUUAUAGACUUAGAGUAAUAGCAUAUUUUCUUCUUGUAAAAUAUUCCAGUUUUUUUUAUUGUUGAGCCUUAUAGAGUCUAAAUAUGGCAAAUGCGCACAUGUGUUAUUUUUUAACCUUUCACAAUAUUUUAGAUCUGGGCACUUCUUACCGUAUUCCCUUUAAAAUACUCGUAGUACGUUUUUUGUUUGUUUUUUUAAGUUUCAGUUAGUACUUAAGUACAUGAUGUUGAUCAUUACAUUUAAGUACGUUCUUAAUGUACAGGAAUAAAAAUGUGAUUCUAAUUAAUUUAAUAUGUACGGCACUUGCUUUGGAUGUAUGUUAAUAAUGAAGGCAUGUUAUAAUUUACAAAGAAACAGUAUGCUAAUAUCCAAUACAUUCAAUAAUUAGAAUAAAGUACGUAUACAUUAUUUAAGAAUGAAAUGGUUGUGUAAAUAUAGAAAUGGUGUUAAUAAUAAUUAUUAUUGUCUACA